CGAACUUCGAAGCCUUCGAAAUCGUCAUUCCUCAGAAUUGCUCGAGAAGACGAUUUCUCCAGCUUUUGGCGGGAAACUUCACCAAAUUCCUCCAGCAGAUCCUCAACUCUCUCUCUCACACACAACAAAACGGAGGUAAAUGUCUGGUAUAAGAGUCUGCGCUCUCUUCAGACCUCUGAAUUCGAAGGAGAAGACCUAUCAUGGUGAUUCCAUCAGCAUUCGCGGCAUUGAUCCUGAAUCGUUUGUAUUCAAGGAUGAAAAGGACGAGGAGACUGAGUUCCGCUUCGACAAGGUGUUCUUUCCAGGAUCAGAGCAAGCUGACAUAUAUGAAUUCCUUGCAUUGCCUAUAGUUAAAGCUGCUGCUAGUGGAGCGAAUGGGGCUAUUAUCACAUAUGGCCAGACAGGGGCAGGAAAGACUUACAGUAUGGAGGGACCAAACAUCAUUCAGUGUGAUGAAAAACAAAAAGGUUUACUACCAAGAGUGGUGGAUGGGAUUUUCAAUGCCAUCAAGUCUUCGGAUGAUAUAAUCAAGUACACAGUCAAACUGUCAAUGGUGGAAAUAUACAUGGAGAGAGUAAGGGACCUUUUUGAUCGAUCAAAGGAAAAUUUACAGAUCAAGGAAAACAAAAUGCAGGGUAUAUUUGUGAAUGGGGUUACAGAGGUAUCCAUCUCAGAUUCUGCAGAAGCCUUGCGAACUCUUUCAACUGGCAUAGCAAAUAGAGCUGUGGGAGAAACUCAAAUGAAUAUAGCCAGCAGUAGAAGUCAUUGCAUAUAUAUUUUUGUAAUUUGUCAGGAGAUUAGGAAGGAAAGAAGGUGUGGAAAGUUGAUCCUUGUGGACUUGGCGGGAUCAGAGAAAGCAGAGAAGACUGGAGCUGAAGGAAGAGUCCUUGAAGAAGCAAAAACUAUCAAUAGAUCAUUGUCAGCACUUGGUAAUGUGAUAAAUGCAUUAAGCUUACCAGGGAAAGGGAGCCACAUACCUUAUCGUGAUUCAAAGCUAACACGGAUCCUGCAGGAUGCUCUUAGAGGAAACUCUCAGACUGCGUUACUUUGUUGCUGCUCGCCUAGUCCCUCAAAUGCAUCAGAAACCCUCUCCACUCUCCGUUUUGGUGCAAGGGCACAGCACAUAAAGCAAUCGGCACACUUUAAUGUAAAAGAAGAUGAAGAUACCAUCAGUUCUCCAGAGGUGUCCUCGACCAAAAACGAGUCUUCAGAGCGAAUAUUAGCAAAGUUGGCUGAGAGAAUGGAACCAGAAGAUGUCCAACUACUCGAGCAGCUAUUUGUUCUCGAAGGAAUUUUCUUUGAUCCCAACUCGGUGGAAGAAGUGGAGUCAGCUUAUGAAGAUGUUACAUCAAUAACAAUUUCAUCACUGCAAAAAGCAGUCGAAGAGCUUGUUGCUACGGUUGAUGAGGUUAAGAAGGAGAAUGAGACUCUUAAGGCCUCAAGAAAGCUACAUGCUGCUGAAUCCGACAUUAUUCAACAUGGUAGACGUGGAUCGAGUUUGAAACCUAACUUUGCCAACCUUGACAACUGCAAAAUUCUUUAAAGAAUGCCUAUGAUUGAUGUAUGUGAAUAUCUGGAAUUAUUUUUUUCCAAACUAACGGAUGAAUCUGCCCUAAGUCUAUAGAUUAUAGUAUUAUACGACUUGGGUAAUCUUUCUAUAGCUCGAUUGAUGAUCUUUGUUAGUGAGAAAUGUAUGCAUGCUUGUGUUUUUCUCAA